AUGGUGCGUAGCGAGCGGGUCCCCAAGGGGAUCAAUAAACGGAUCGGACUGCUGCUUUUAAACAGGCGAGACCGGCUCUGGCCUCUCGUCCUUCAUGUCCGGCACCCACCCACUCGGGCGCUCGCUCCCGCGCACCACCAGCCCAUAGCCCAGGUUCUCGACCUUUCGCACGCUCUGCCGCAUGGCAUCCAUCUUGCUGCGAAAGUCCUUGGUCGGCACCGCGGGCAGAAUCUCAAACGCACACCCCAGCUCCUGAAUGUCCCGCAGAAUCGUCCUCUUGCCCUCCCCGUUCCCAGCCUCGCCUCCUGCACCCUCCGCCCCAGCGGUUCCCCCCGUGGCGUUGGACGGCGUCUCAAUCACCUGCGCGCGCUGCACCGUCGCGAAGCGCAUCAGCUCCCCAAACAGGUCGAAGAUCCCGUACAUGUAGUCCCCCGGCGUGAGUUCCAGGGGCGGCGUGCCCUCGGGGAGGGGUACCGCGGCCUGUGCCUCGGCGGGGGUGAUGAGCUUCUGGAGGCGCAGGUAGUGCGCAAAGGAGAGCGCCUCGACGAGCUCCUCGAGGCACCGCAUCUGCCAGGCGUAGCGGUACCGGUUGACGGACUGCAGGUCGGCGGCGACGGAGGCCAGCAGCCGCGAGAUUUCCGCCAUGCGCGCGUCAAUGUCCUUUUGCGUGUGCGAGGGGAAAUCUGCGUUGAGCGUCUUGACACUACGAGGCGGUUAGCCGUGAGAUACGAAUCAGCAGCGCACGCACAUCUUCUUGCUCUGGGCCGUCACGUCCCUGCUCGCCUUGAUGAUGCGCUCCCGCCGGUCGUAGUGCUCGUCGAGCUCGUCGCGAAAGGUCUCAAACAUGCCGUGGAAGCGGCCGCGGGGCGCGUCGGGCGGCGCGGCGCUCUUGACGCGCGCGUUGCCGUCGCGGUCGCGCUUUACUCCGCCAGACAUGCUGCUGUUUGA